AUGAUCGAGAAUAAUUACGUUACCUUGGACGCUCUCGCCCCAAUUGAUCAAAAUUAUGCUCAACCCAAUUACGACUUUCAGGAUCAAACGAAAAAAUGCAAUCACGUUUAUUCCAAAUUCACAAUUCCUUCAAUCACCUCGAUCAUAUCUCAACCUUCAUCAAUAACGGAUAGUCUCAACGUUACGAAUUUCAUAAUAGAUCAAGUUUUACAGCAACAAUCAUCAUUGUCAAAUAAUGCAUUCUCGAUAACGCCGUCAUCAAUCAUAUCCCCAAUAUCAAGUCAGCAAACUUCACCCAUGGAAUUAGAUUUUAAUUGUAACUCUCAUCUCUUAACCCAAUCACAACUUCAAAAUUCAAUACAAUCAUCAUCCAAUUCAUUAUCAUACUUUGUUACUCCCGAUAAAGACACUACAAUUUCAUUACAAGAUAUAAUAGAUGGAACGAAGGUCAUGCAGGAAAUCUCAAAAGAUUCGACGAUUUUCGAUUUAGGUUUGACCAAUUGUGACAUGGAUCUCAAUGAAAAUUCAAUUGAAUGGUUACUUCAAGAUAGUUGUCCGGAAAUGUCGAAACCACUUGACACGUGUCAAUCAUUAACCGAAAAGGAACCUGUUGAGGAAUGUCGUCGGGAUAUUGAUGAUUUGAUAGAAGAACAUAUGAAGGAAAUGAAAAAGUUCAUUCAUAAUGAGAUUUUAUGUCAAGAGAUAUUAACAGAGCCAUCGUGUUUGGAAUUUCAAGAUUUACCUCUUGACAAUUUGGAGAUUGAAACAGAUUGUUCGUCGACGAGCUCGACAUCAACAGCGGUAUAUCUUCAAGAAGGAAUAUGUCAAGAAGCUGAUGGCUUAUUAUCAACAACGAACAUGUUUAUGCCGCAGGAAGACAAUUUCUCAUACGAUGCAUUAGCGAUCGAAGAAACUCCAAAUUUAUUUUCAACAAAUUUACUUGAAACUCAUAAAGCAACCCAUAUAAAUGAUGAAAUCUUUUUAUAUAAUGAUCUCUUAGGGUGCGACAUGAAAUUUGAAAGUUCUGAUGAAUUGAUAAAAUAUCAACUUGACUAUUUAAAUUGA